UUCUUGGAUCGUUGAUCACGAGGAAAGUUAAAAUCUUGAUUUGACUCGUACCCUCCUGUUCCGUGUGUGAAUUUUAUGCAAAGCUAUGAUUUUUAUAACACUGGAUUACUGAAUUUAUGUUGAAAUUGAUCUAUCAAUGAAGAUGUGUGUCUUAUUUUUGCUGUCGGGAAAUCCAGUCAUGAGUUGUUCACUAGAAUGAAUAAUUAACUGGAUUCUCUCUGCUUUGCUUCUCUGUUUUUUUCAGUUUCUUUAAACUGUUUGUUCUAUGCAUCUACUGUGUUAUCUCAUAAUCCUUUUUUCUUUCUUCUAUAUAUGAGAUUUAUCUGCUAAAGUUCGAUGUCUAAUGUUUACUUGAUCAGUUUAGAAAGUGAUGACCAAUCCAAAAAAUAAUUAAUCUUUGUUGAAUCAUAUCAGGAGUCUCAUAUUUCCAUAUGUCAGUAAGCAUAAUACUUUUAAGCAUAGCCUUUUGUAUUACAGUUUAUUGAUUAUUUUUUCCCAGUUAGUACCUAAAUUAGUAAUUCUUUUACCAUUGUGAUGAACUUGAUGGAAAUCUGAUAGGGGGCUCUCAAGAAUAUAAGUAUCUGUGGUAUGAAUUGGAUUUAUUUGCUCCUUUCACAUGUUUAAGAUGUCCAAUGCAUAUUAGAAUAUAACAAAAAAGGCUCAGUUUUUAUGAAUAUGAUUUCAGUUAGUUAUCUCUCAAUAAGCAUUGUUAAUUAAGUGAAUUUCUGUUCAUUCCUUUUUCCUUGGACAAUGUUGUUUGUCAGGUAAAAUCAUCAUUUGAUCUUAUUGUGUCUGCAGGGUGUGGACUAGGUUUAAGGAUCUCAUUUCACUGAAUGUUAUAUAGUAAGUUCUUAGUUUCACGGGGUAACAUGGAGCUGCCCCUAUAAGGUUAUUGUACUUUUUGGAAUCCUGCUGUAUGGGAAGCUUAUUGAACCUCAUUGAUUUUGAUCAAGGAGCGAUGGCAAGAAAAUUUCUUUCAAACAAAAGACAUGGCGGCUUGGAUGCUCCUAGAAAUAGCAUGGAGUUUCCAGUUGAAGCUUCUCAGAGGUUCUGUGCUGGAGGGGACAACGGACAGUGCACUUAUCACAGGAUUGACUGGCCAGAAAAGAACAGUUAUGGGAACGAGGCUCCAAUGAAGAAACUGAUCAGAGAAGAAAUAGCUAGAAGACCAAACACAGGACAUAGUGCCCCUAGUGUGGUGGCCCGUCUAAUGGGAGUGGAUGCAUUACCAUUAGAUACAAGAAGAUCAUCGGCAAAGCAGGUCGAGAAAAAGAAUGAAAUGAUAAAAGACAACCGUCCCAAAGAGGAAUGGUUGAGAAAGGUCUCCGUCAAUCAUGCAACACAGUCCUCCAGACAGAAAAUUUCAAAUUCCUCUAACCAUGAUGAAGCAUGUGAUUUUGACCGACAGAGUGACAGCCAAAAACUGAACAAAUAUAAACCUCGAGAACAUCCUCAGGAGGAGGAACUACAAAAGUUUAAGAAAGAUUUUGAAGCAUGGCAAGCAGCAAGGUUCAAGGAAUGUUCAAAGUUUGUUGAACUUGGCACCAGUCCAAGUCAAUGGCUAGCACAACAAAGCCUGAACAAGGAAAAGUUGACUAUUUAUGCAAAUUCAAUGAGAACCGCAGCUAUUGAGAAACCUAUAGAGCUUAGAGGGCCAGUAACAGUGAAUCCUCAGAAAAGAGGCCUUUUGGAGCAUCAGAAAAAUAUAAAUGAAUUUCCUGCACCUGCACAAAAUAAGACCAACUGUGUAAGGGAAGUUACUCCGAACCCCGAUCAGCAGCGUCCUCUUACAAGUUCUUACCAGGGACUUGAUGUUUCUUCAGGUCCUACAAAGAUUGUAAUUCUGAGGCCUUGUCCUGACAGGAUGGGAACUAAUGAAGAGUCGUGGGCCAGUUCUCCAGGCAUUUCUGAAGACAGGGGUAGUAUAGAAGAAUUUCUUGAGGAGGUCAAGGAAAGACUGAACUGUGAAUUACAAGGAAAGAGUUCCAAAAGGAUCACUACUGUUAGAGGAGGAGGAAUUGAGACCCCUUACAGCGAAAUGUCACCAGAUGCAAAGCAAAUAGCUAAAUCUAUUGCAAAACAUGCAAGGGAGAGUGUUACUAGGGACUUUGAAAUAACAUUACCUCGAUCAGAGUCGACAAGGUCCUAUAGAAGUGAUAUUCAAUUUGAUGGGACGAGUUCUCCUGAAUUCGUCAAUAGAGAUACAAGGAGAUUUUUGACAGAACGGUUGAGGAAUGUCCUCAAGCAAGAAACAUCUCACGGUACUCACAGGCUUGCUCGCGGAAGCUCCAUAUCAACGGUUCUGAAUAAAGAAAAAUGCAGUGCUGAAGAAAUCAGAUACACUUGUAAUACGGGAGAUAAAGCCACCAACUCUGACAAUCUGAAAGAUGAAAUAGACAUGCACAGCAGAUCUUUCAGACGGGAUCCUGGCAACGAUGUAAUGCUUGAGGAGGACCUAUCUCCUAGGAACCUAAUUAGAUCCUUGUCAGCUCCUGUGUCGGGGACAUCAUUUGGAAAGCUUCUUCUAGAGGAUCGACAUAUGUUGACAGGGGCCCAUAUUAGAAGAAAACAUGAAACUAUUGAGAAGGCCACAGGGAAUGUCAAAAAACGUCAAAAGGAGAAAUUCAACCUUAGGCGAAAGGUUUCCAGCUUUAGUUAUAGUUUUAUACUUAAGGGCAGACUCUUUGGUAGAAAAGUUCAUUCUUGGGAGGAACCACAUGGACAAACAUACAAUCUCAUGAAAGAUUUUCCAAGUCCACCAACUGGUACACCGAAUUUUUAUGAAAGACAUGAAAAUCCCACUGAAGUUCCACCGAGUCCUGCAUCUGUAUGCAGCAGUGUCAAUGAAGAAUAUUGGAGGCAAACAGACUACUUCACCCCAUCAUCGACCUCUGAUGUACAUCCACUGGAUGAUAGCGAGAUGCCUCGUGUUUUCAGAGAGAUCAGCACUAAUUUGAAUGAGCUAAGGAGGCAACUGAAUCAACUAGAUACUUAUGACUCUGAGGACACCAUGAUUGAUGAGCAGCCAGUUGAAGAGGAGAUGUUGGAGAUUGAAGACAAAGCCGAGGCAUACAUUAGAGACCUGCUUGUUGCUUCUGGUUUAUAUGAUGGUUCGCGUGAUAAAUAUAUAUCAAGAUGGGAUCCACUUGGAAAGCCUAUAAGCAACCAAGUUUUUGAAGAAGCAGAAAAAUCAUACAUACAAAAAACAAAGGAUGAAGAAGGGUAUACAGAAGAUCAGUUACAGAGGAUAAAUCACAAGUUAUUGUGUGACUUACUGAAUGAAGCACUUCCAAGUGUACUUGGAGGGGCUUCCACAAUGUCUCGGUUCAUGAAAAGUGCUGUUCGUCCUAUUCCACGACCUCCUCAGGGAAAGAAGUUACUUGAACGCGUGUGGGAAAUAGUUGGUGUUUAUGUUUACCCUCCAUGGGAUAGAACAUCUCAAUCCCUGGACAAUAUAGUGGACAGGGACUUGAAGUCCACCCCUUGGUCCGGAUUGGUGGAUGAAGAUGUUAAUGCUCUAGGUAAAGAUAUGGAAUGCCAGAUUAUUGGUGACCUUAUUCGAGAAAUGGUCCAGGAUAUGUUGUUAUAAUCUUUUUUUUCUCUUCCUCUACUUCUUUUUAUUCUUUAGUUUGACCACUUUUAUGAAGUUUUGGAACUUCUGAGUGGCCGGGGCAUAAGACAUGUAAAAUGUUUAUCUGCCCAAGUGUGUUUGAUUUACAGAAAUUUUUAUGUGCAGGCUUUCUAGUGUUGGAUACAUUUGUUCAUAAUAUAUGGCUUGAUCUGGCGGUACUCAAUGUACAUUAUUAGACUUAGGUUUAAUGGUUUAUUCAUUCGAUAAAUCAGUUUUGUUUGUUA